AGGCCGAUGCAUAUGCGCAGUCCGGCUGCCAGCGGGUGGCUGACAGUUGGAGGCACGAGAGCUGUUGCUUUAGACCGGGGAUGAAGUAGCCAUGACAGCUGCGUCUGAAAAGAGCGGGGCCGUGGCACUACCGGAGGAGAAGAUGGUGCAGCGGGUCAUGAACUGCUUCGUGCAGGAGUACCCGACUCCCCUAGGCCCCGAGGAUUCGUUACCCGUGCGUUUGCAGAGCGCGGUGCUGAGCUGGGAGGAGUUGGAGGGGGAGUGCGUCGAAAUGGGGCUGAAGCUAUUGCCAGACAGAAAUCUGCCACCUGUCCUUGCUGCCACUUUGAUCCAUGCUGCCAUUGCACAGAUGCUACAAUUGGAUAGCUCUACGUUUAGAAACAAAAAGGAACCUGAUCAAGAUGAGGAGCUUGCCUUAUUGGAAGGAGAAUUGGUGGCUCGAUUAUUCUUUAAUAAAUUUCUUGGAGUCUGCUCUGAUUGGAUGAAAGAACCACAGUUAUCACAACCACCAAAGCAGUAUUUAAAAGUUUCCAGUUAUGCUAUCCGUAACACACGCAGAAAGAUGGAGGACAGGCAUGUGACACUGCUGGAUUUUAACACACUCUUUGGCAUUAAGGAUGAGAAAGAGAGGGCAUUUUUUGCUGUGUUUGAUGGCCAUGGUGGAGUAGAUGCUGCUGUCUAUGCUGCAACACAUCUUCAUGUCAACUUUGCACAUCAGAAAAUGUCUUUGACACAGCCAGAAGAGGCGCUAAGGCAAGCCUUUAAACAGACCGAUGAAAUGUUUCUUCAGAGAGCCAAAAGAAAGAAGUUACGGAGUGGUACCACUGGAGUAGCAGCCUUGGUUGUUGGCGAUACACUGCAUAUAGCCUGGCUUGGCGACUCACAGGUGAUGAUGGUACAGCAGGGCCUGGUUGUGACUCUUAUGGACCCACACAAACCUGAAAAAGAGAGUGAGAAACAGAGGAUUGAAGAUCUUGGUGGAUGUGUGGUAUUUCUGGGAUGUUGGCGUGUAAAUGGAACUCUCGCUGUUUCAAGAGCAAUUGGGGACAUUGACCAAAAACCAUAUGUUUCGGGUGAUGCAGACAGUGCCUCAUUCAAGCUAAAUGGCACAGAGGACUACGUUGUUUUAGCCUGCGAUGGGUUCUUUGAUGGAGUUGAACCUUCUAGAGUUGUGGACCUCGUGCAAGAACACUUGCAAGAGAAUGGAGGUGAUGGCAGUACAGUUGCAGAGUCACUUGUAGCAGCAGCCAAAGAAGGUGGCUCUAAUGACAACAUCACUGUGGUGCUGGUCUUCUUAAGAGAUCCACAGGACAUUCUGAAAGAGAGCAACUUGUACAUGGGAAUUGAGAGCACUGAUCAGAACUCUGGGUGCCCUCAAGCCAAAGUCAACUCUGAAAAUGCACCACCACAGUUGACCACCUCAACAGUAAAUAAAGACAACCAAGCAGAGAUUCAGACAGGCUGACUAGAGUUCAGUUUACAGUGUUACAUUCUGGGUUUAAUGCUUUUAAUGAAUGAUGCCAAAGAAUUGGGAAAGGGAGUGCUUUAGUCUUGAAGUGCCAAUUUGCAAUAAAGUGAUAACAUUGCUUUGACAAGCUUGUAACUGCAUUUGCCAUAACUCUCUUUAACUGUGUGAGCUUUAAUGAGCAGAGUGGCAACAAUCAGUAGCCAAGGGUGCAAGAAACUUAGAUCAGAAAAGGAUGCAAUUAUUGUCAUUUUAAUGAUUAAGCACCUACCCUUAAAUUUCAAGUUUAGUGGGGUGACUUCAGAAUUAGGUAGAAUCAGUAAAUUGGUAUACGUUGCCAUAGCUUUUUGUCUUGCUGUGGUGAAGAAUUCCCUAACCCUGGGACUUGGGUUUAUAGAAUGGGCAAUAGGAAACUACUAGGUGGUUUAAAGUUUUGUUGGCAAACUGCUGUGUCUGAUACUGUUGGCUAGAUUCCCUGUGGUGAAAUUGGAAGCAUGCGUAAUGUCUUAUUUGAUCCAAAUUUUGUUUUCUGUAUGUUAAGUUUUCAAGCACCCUUGUGUACUGGCUUUUAUCUCCAGCAGAAAAUGCAGGCUGAACACUUAGUGCCUUAUUCCACUCCUUAAGAGCAGUACAGACUAUGUAAUGAUUUUGUAUGGCACUGUCAAUACAGUGCCGGCUAACUGUUUAGUGCCUUAUACUUCUACACUGCUACAGGAGUGUCACAGUGUAAUACAACUUUAGUUUUCUUCUCAAACAAGAGAAAGGAAUGUGUCAAAUAAACACAAAAAAUCCAACUGAAGUCUUCAAUUUGGUAUUAGGUUUGGAGACUGCAUUGUAUUGCUUCUGUCAGAGUAUAGGGGAAUGAAUAUUGUGGGUUUUGGAGUAACUGGCUUUUUUGAUCUGUUAUAGACAACUAGGGCUUAUGUAAGUAGUUUAGUAAAUGGUGAACUAAGUAAUAGUAAAUUACAUGUCCUGAAGUUGUGUAUUCUAGAACAUGCAGAAUUCAACUUCCAUUUUUUUUCCUGAAUGUUUCAGAUGCAUUCAUUUUAUAAAAUGAAGACAGCUAAUGUGCAAGUCAGCCAACUUCUUUCUCAAAGCGAGUUUGUGUGUUUUUUUUUGUCUUAACUUCUGAAUCAUAAUACUGAAGCUCUUUUAAGGAUCUUUGUUUUAUAAUAACUCAUGGGUUGUCAGGACCAGCACUUGUGGGCCCAACUUCCAAUACCCCUCCAGCUAAUUGCUUUGCUAGCAUGUGAGCCUGCUAACGUUACUUGUCAAGAUGACUUGACAAUAGAGGCCACGUAAGUUUGUUUUUUUUCUGUUUUUGUGUUUUUUUUAAAAUUACUAUUUUAAUGCAUCCUUUUCCAGUUAGGAUCCUUUGGUAGAAAUCAGCAGGAUUUUUUUUUGCUCUUGAGGGCAAUCCACAGUUCUUCCGGUCAAGAUUAACUGAUUCAGCAUAGACCAGGAGUGAUACCUUUUGAAACUUGGUGACAGUUGCACAGUUGCAUGGUUUCAUAUGAUUUGAUAUUGUGGAAUGUGCUUUUGCCCAUCAGUCAAUUUGGCCUUUUUUUUUGUCAUGUAGAUUAGAUUUUAAAAUGCAGAAAAUAAGUCAAGUUGCCUUUAAUUAGUGACAGUGUUUUUACAGAAUCUGAAACCUGUUGUCGCCUUAGAAAAUGUAGCCAUGUUUGAGGGAAGUAGAAUCAUCCACCCUGAAGAAAUUAGAGAUUUUCUUCAUGCUGCAGAAGUUGACAAUGUAGAUUUGUGUUCCUACGUCUUGUCUGUCACUUUUUCUUGAGCCCUUUUUCCUUUUAAUUGUACAAAUUUACUGCCUUGACACCCUUGGAAAGAAACUUCUAGAGUGCAUUAUAGCACUACAGUACCUUAACUUGAAGACUUAAGUGACAGAUAACUAUUUGGCACAUUUGAAGCUUGCUUUGUCCAUACUGUCACUCACUCCGCAUGAUACGGAACUGCUUUUAGAAGUUCUUAAUGUCUUUGUAUCUUAAUUGAUACAGCAUCACAGAUAUUUCAACCUUUCAGUGCUGAAAUGUUUUAAAGCUCUUUUCAAGUCAUUGUUGCUGAUAUCUGCUGUGAUCCAACUGGAUACUUUCAUCUCCUUCCAUGUCACUGUUAUUUAUACUCUUCAAUGCUUUGUCAUGUAGCUGGAGGUUCUCCAAUGUUGGCCAAUUUUAUUUAAACCAUAGCUCUAUCACAUCAGUGACAUGAAAAGGUUGAUGAAAAUUAAUGCUGCAUUUAAAAAGGAAGUCUGACAUUUCGGGCCUAGACCCUUUUUUUUCUAGACACAUUUCUGAAGAAGCGUCUAGGCCCGACACGUCAGCCUUCCUGCUCCUCUGCUGCUUGGCGUGCUGUGUUCAUCCAGCUCUAUGCCUUGUUAUCUCAGAUUCUCCAGUGUCUGCAGUUCCUACUAUCUCUGCCUCUGCCCUUGCCUUUGCCUUUGCCUUUGAGUCUGACAGUUAUAAAGCCUUUAGUAUUAAUUCCAUAGCUCAAUGAUUCAUUUUUGUCACCAAGUAUCUUAAUAUUUUUCUUCAGUGCUUUCCAUGUUGAAAGGGAUUGAGCUGACGAAAUGCUUUUCAAUGUUCCUGUUGUGUUGGUUUUUAAAAUAUCAUUUAACUUCUAUCUUUGCUUUUGAUUUCUGUUGCACAAUUGGUCUAAAUUCUCUUGCACACUUUUUUAUUUUGUAAAUUUGUCUGCGAAUUUAAUGAGUUAGAAAUCGUUUGUGUAUCUGAAUUUCUUAUAGAGAAACGGGCAGUCAGGCAUUGAGUGCAUAAGUGCGUCAAUCAAUGUCUGUGUGGCACGGUUCCACUUUUCAUAUACAGAUUCUUGCCCAGAUGUAUGUUAGUUGUGCUUUAGGAUUCCUUUUUACUCUGUUCGGAUGAUAUGGUGUUGAGCAGUUGGUAGAAAAUCCGGGGAAAGAGGGAAAAGUUGAAACCAGAUGAUAUGAUCUGCAGCUGAAAGAACACUGUUACAAAGCUCUAGAGUAUCUGAUUCCAUUUCAUAGGACAUUAGUUAUUUGAAAACAAUAUUGUGUAUAUUUUGUGAUAGUAUGAAUGUGGAGAACUGAGGAGACAUUACUUGGUUUUCCCCCCCGCCAAUCCAUCCAUUAUUAAUGUUACACCUGAUGCUUGUCUGGUGAAUUACUGAUGACUCAGUCUCUGGCAGAUGAUAAUCAUUAAUUCUUAAGUCAAUCGUUGACUUUUACAAAACUUUUAACGGUAUUUUAGUGUUCUGAAUUUGUAAGGGAUCCUUACAGAACCUGUAACAAUGUUUUUGCACUGUUUGUUAAUUGAAAGUAUUGGGCUGUUGAUAUUCUCGGCCUGUAUAUAUCAUCUAUUUUACUUGCAUUUAUAAUUGCAUUUUGAUAUGUUUUGAUAAUACAACAAGACUUUAUAACCUGAUUUUAUUUAUUCACAUUGCAUGGAAUUAACUUUUUUUAAGCAAACCUAAGUUGGGAGAUGGUGCCUGGUCUGGUUUUGUGCUUGUUGACGUGUUGUGCAGUUUACUCCAGGGGUCCUGUAAUGGAAUGUCCUUGAGUAACACCAUGAACAUUGCUCAUGACUGACAGUGACAGAAUCUUUCCACAUGUUAGCAUCAUCAAUUUAAAGAUAUGAAAUCUUUGAAGAAAAUAGUAACGGAAGCCCUCCUCUCUCUUUAAUGCUUUAGUGGCAAGAUGCAUUUGUUUUUAAAUUUCCAGUUCAGUUCCUGGAUUAUGUUUUUGUUUUGCUGGAUUUGCUGUAUUUCCCUCAGUGCCUUUCAGUAGAGUCCUACAGGAUAUAGAAUCUAAAUAUUUAUCUUUGUAAUCUUCUCCAUUUUUAAUAUCAGUUGUCUAUGAAUGCAUCCAAUGUGAAAUAUUUGGAGAAAUAGCUAUCUGGAACAUGGUAUGCAUUUAUCCUGUUCAUAGAACAUAGACCCUGCAGGGAUGAUACUUUUGGCUGUGGGUGUUUCUACAAACUCUAAGCACACGGCUGCUGUAAAGUCAGUGACCAGUUGAUCCUUUAGCUAAAGCAAGGUUUGUACUUGCAUCUGCUAAAGCGCUUGUUGAUGUUUUUGUUUUGUGCAAAUCUUCAGUAAUGAGAUGCUGAAAUAGAAGUGGUCAUCAAUUUUAGAUUUUGUUCAUUAAAAUAGAAAAUGCUGAAAAAUUAGUAGAUUUGGCUAGAAAAAUCACUGAUCCAAAAUGUUAAUUUUGUUUUUCUCCAAAGCUGCUGAGUUUUUUCGGCACUUUUUGUUUUCUUUUUGAAUUUCCAGUAUGUGCAUUUUUAUAUUGUUUUAUUGGUUCUUUGGGAUGAAAUUGGCAAAGGCAAUAUUUAUUAUCAGGCCAUAAUUACCCUGGAAAGCCUGGACUAUUCCCACCCUUGAUUUCCCACUACUGUUGUUAAAAGUAGGAUAUUGAUUUCAGUAGCAGGAGUCCUCAUUAAAUAAACUGUUCUGUUCUGAUCUAGACUAUGUUGAGCUUCUUGAAUAUUGCUGGUGCUACACUUGUCCAGGCAAUUGAUGACUAUUGAGCUUUGAAAUCCACAUCUGUCUUUGGUAUCAUCUGACUUAAUACCAUAUAGACUUUUACUUCUAGAAAUAUUUUUUGUAUUUGACAAUGUUACAAGAGAAAACAGAUGUAUCACUGGGAAGGUUCCAUAAUUUUAUUAAAAAACUCAAUAUUAUCAAAAUGCUUCCAUUUAGAGUUUAAUAUGCGUACUUGUUAGCACAUUAAUACAAAUACUGGUGUGUACCUAAUUCUGCAUACAUAAUGUGAUAUACCAAGGGAUAAAUUCAUUCACUACUGUAGCACUGUCUCAAUCUGAUUUUUUUUUUUACCCCCCAACAACUUUAUAUUAAAGACACUAUAUCAAUUAAAGAUGCCAGACAGGAGCAUUGUAAAAUUAUGGUAUGAUAAAAUCAGAUAUUGGGUCAUGACCAAAACGUGGCCUUAAAGGAGGAAAGCAGUGAGCAGGUAUUUUAGAGACCCCACCAGUCAUUGAGAGUUCUAUCUCUAACCUGAAAUCAGGAUAGUGAGGUGAGUUUGACUUGCAGUUUUAAGGUCAGAUCUUUGCAUUGUUUAUCUGUUGCUUUCAUUACCAAUCUACUGCAUUUCAAGUAAUAUUGGGGCAGUUAUACUGUCCACAUACUAACUUAUGGACAUGGGCAGACUAUCCAUCUAUAAUGACCACAUCAAACAUCUUAUUUAGAUUUAUAAAUGUAUUAAGUUAAUGUUUUCCCCAUCCAAACAUGAAUAAUUUACACAAGGAUUUUAGCAAUUUGUGAUGCAUAUUAUUACCUUUUUUAAAAAACCUUCCUUGUUGAAUGUGCAAAUUUCUUUGUUUGAUUUGAAUAAUGAAAGAUUCAACACUUGGCAGCCAUCAGCAUUCCCACAUCUGGGUUGAGUGACAGUGUGCUAUAGUGUUUAAAAACAAAAUUAAAAUGCUAUAUUAGUUUUAUAUUGUAUCACUUAAUUAAAUGUAAAGAUUUGUACUCCAGUCAAUUCCAUUUUAUAGCCAGUCUUUUGUUCUCAUCCUGUUUAAUAUUUGCAGCUACUGUGAACUAGAUUGUAGCCAACAUAUGCUGUUUCAUCAUGUGGUAGAAAGAACUUGGGACUGGAAAAAUGAAAUAAUAAUAUGUAACUUGUGCCAAAGGUAGAUUCAUAACUUAAGUUUACUCCUGCCACAUUUAGUCUCCCUUAUAUCAAAUGUUAAUAUUUACUAAUCAUAACUGAACUACAUCAUCUUACUUCUCCCCCUGCCAUUGUCACUAGUAUAGUAAUCUAGUAGGCUCUGUGAAUAUAGGCUCAAAUCCCACCAUGAUCAUUGGUAAAAAUUUGAUCAUGGUUAACAAAUCUGCGAUCGAAAGCUAGUCUCAGUAGUAACUGAAACUCGUCAUCACAAUGUCUGGUCCACAAAUGCCUUUUAGAGAAAGAAAUCUGUCUACAUGUGAUUUCAGAUCCAUAACAAUGCAUUUGAUUCUUCACUGUGCUCUGAAAAGCAUCUAGCAAGCCACUUAGUUCAAGGACAAUUAAGGAUGGCCAAUAAAUUUUGUCUUUUGCCAAUGACACCACAUCCCAUUAAAAUAUUGAAGGUUGGGGGGGGCGGGGAGGAGGAAAAACUAACUUGCAGGACAAAUUCAAAUAUUAACAACCUGUAGGUUUGUUUGAACCUGAUUAGGUACUUUGGAAGGUACUGCAAAUGAUCUCUAUUUUAGUAUCAGAGAUAAUGGGAACUGCAGAUGCUGGAGAUUCCAAGAUAAUAAAAUGUGAGGCUGGAUGAACACAGCAGGCCAAGCAGCAUCUCAGGAGCACAAAAGCUGACGUUUCGGGCCUAGACCCUUCAUCAGAGAGGGGGAUGGGGGGAGGGAACUGGAAUAAAUAGUGAUCUGUUCCUGCUAACAUGUCUCUUUCCCAACAUAACUUUAUCACCUGUAUUUGUGCUGCUGCUAAUCUAGUUGAAAGCAUUUUAUUGCAGUAAUUGCUUUGGCUAAUAUGCCCUUUUUUGUUUUUGCUUGGAAUAGCAAAUUCAUUGAAAUGCAUGGACUACUGCAUUUUAGCUCUGCCAGACAUCUCUCCACAGUCUUGGAGAUUGACUUGCACAUGGUCAAUGUGAGAAUUUUCAUUGUUACAGCACAGCUGCAGGCUUCGAGCAAGAGCCACGACUCUUCAACUGUUUAUCUUCACACAACACUGCACAAAACCAACAGGAAGUAAUGUUGUGUUUAUUUCUAAAAAUAUUUAUUUAUCUGCAAUCCUUUAUCACUGCUGUGACACAAGGAUGACUUACUAAGCUGAAUUUGAAACCUGAAUUGUUUGCCUUAUUGUGGAUGGGGUAUUAACUAUCCUGAAAUGUUUCUAUCAACACAGUAUUAUCUCAUAAUAAAGAUAUA